UGUCAGACGCAUCCAACGCCCGGCCGCCGCACGGCGCACUUGCGUGCGUCGUGCUCGCGCUUCUCUCGCUCGCGCUUGCACCGCUCUCGCUGGCCUUCGCACUCGUCGGCGCGUCCGCGGCCCGGCUGGGCGGCGGAGGCCCGGCGCUGCCCAAGGGCGACAAGCGGCCCACGGCGCUGGUGAAUGGCGGCCGCAUGCAAAAGUCGCUCUACGUCGUCCGGGCACUGGCGGCGCAGGGCUACCGCGUGGUGCUCGUCGAGGAGAGGGGCUGGAAUCUGUGCGCCACGCGCUUCUCCAACGCCGUGCAAUGCUUCCACCCCGUGCCCGGCGGCGGCGGGCGAGAGUACGUCGAUGCGCUCGUGGCCAUUGCGCUGAGCGAGAAGGUGUCGCUCUUCGUGCCGUGCAGCGGCGCCGGCACGACGGUCGACGAUGCACAGGCAGCAGACCUGAUGCGUGAGAAGAGCGGAGGGCGCAUCCGCACGCUCAUCCAAGACGCCGAGCUGGCUGCGACGCUACACGAGAAGGACCGCUUCAUCGACCUCGUGCACGAGCUUGACCUCGCUGCGCCCGAGUCGCGCAUCGUGCGCAGCCCCGAGGCGGCCUUGGAGUACCUGCGUGCGCAAGAUCUCUCCAAGGGCGGCGUGCUGCUCAAGGCGGCCACCGUGCUGGACGACGUCGGCCGCGCAGACAUGACGACGUACCCUCUGCUUUCGCCCUCCGGCCAGCCCGACUGGUCCGCGACGGAGAAGCGCCUGCGACGCGGCCUUGCCAUUCCGAUCGCCAAGGACACGCCGUACAUCGCUCAGGAGUUCAUUGGAGGUAUCGGCGCCAGCGAGUGGUGCACGCACGCCACGGUGUGGGAGGGCGAGGUCGUGGCGUUCGUCUGCUGCCCCAGUAACGACAUGCUCAUGACGUACCACAACGCGACGCAGACCGAGAUCGGCCGUCUUGCGCUCGCCUGGACACGCACCUUUCUCGAGCGCCUGGCCAAGCACCCGCAGUGGACACACGCACGCCUCAACGGCCAGUUCUCGCUCGACUUCAUCCACCAGCCCGCAAGCGAGCGCCUCGUCGUGAUCGAGUGCAACCCGCGCGUGCACACGGCCGUGUGUCUGCUGCAGGGCUCAUCCGCAGCGUUCGGUGCGGCGCUGGCUGGCCGCUCCGAGAAGAUCGUCUUGCCAGGCUCGCGCGUGACUGCCAUCAGCUGGCUGGGGCACGACCUGAUCGCACGGAUCCUGCCUCGUGUCCUGCCAGCCGGCUACGGCCGCUCGCUGUACGGCGCAGCAUUUGUGUCCAACAGCGCACAAGCAGACGCCAAGGAUCUCGACGUGCCGUCCUACAACCUCGAGCAGGUCGGCCGCGACGGCGCAUGGCUCGCGAGCGACCCCAUCGCCUUCCUCGCCUUCUACCACCUGCAGUGGCCGUGGCUGCUCCUGAGGCAGGCGGUCGUGCGCCGCCGCUCCUGGUCACGCCUCAAUCUGAGCACUGCCCGAAUCUUCGAAUGCUGAAACGCAAUGCCACAUGUAUGG